CCUCUCUCUCUAGAGUCUAGUCUACGGGAUAUCAAAGCUAACGAUAGAUACACUAUAGAUACAGCACCAUCAAAGCUCAAUAUUGCCUGCAGUUUAUUCAUCCGAUUCUCUACACUUCAACUUGCAUUCUCUUCGUCCCACCGCAGAUCGAGUUGAGGGACCUUAUUGUUUUUAUAAUUUUUAUUUAUUGGGCUCUUGGAUGACGACCAUGAUCAUAUAACAGCAACUUCAGGGGAAAGCCAGAUGCUCUACUAGCAAGAACUUUAUGCCAGUCACAUGACAUGGAAAUUAUUCAUGUCAAUCUGCAAUGGGCAGUGAUUCUUGGCAUUCUUCUGGUCUCUUUUAUUACGAAGGAAUCGGAAGCUAUCAGUCCUGAUGGUGAAGCACUUAUAAGUCUUAGAGCAACAAUUGGUGGUUCGGACGGUGUCUUACUUCAAUGGAGGCCAGAGGAUCCAGACCCAUGUAAUUGGAAAGGAGUGAAAUGUGAUCCAAUAACAAAGAGAGUUGUAUCUUUGAGUAUUCCUUACCAUAAAUUGAGAGGAUCUAUAUCUUCAGAUAUUGGAAAGUUGGACAAUUUAGAGUUUCUAGCGCUGCAUAACAACAAUUUUUAUGGACCUAUUCCUCCAGAGUUAGCUAAUUGUACAAAACUGCGUUCUCUGUAUUUGCAGGGAAACUACUUCAGUGGAUCAAUUCCAAGUGAACUAGGGAAUCUUUCAACACUUGAAAAUCUUGAUGUUUCAAGUAACAUUCUAAGUGGAGCCAUCCCGCAAACCCUGGGAAAGUUAGACAAGCUCGCAACCCUAAAUGUUUCAAACAAUUUUCUGACAGGGGAAAUACCGUCUGAUGGAGUGCUCACAAAGUUGACAGAGAAUUCGUUUCUCGGGAAUCAAGGUUUGUGUGGGAAACCAAUUAGUAAACCAUGCAAAGAUAGUGCUAGUGGACCUUUGACACAAUCCCAGUUUCCUCCUGCUCCGAACCAAAACACAAAGAAAAAGUAUUCUGGACUUUUUAUAAGUGCAUCAGCUACAGUUGGUGCUCUACUUUUGGUGGCUCUUAUGUGCUUUUGGGGAUGUUUUCUUUAUAAGAAACUUGGUAAAAAUGGCAAAGAAGAAAGCCUUGUUGUGAAUAUUAGUGGAGAUGCAUCAAUCGUCAUGUUUCAUGGAGAUUUACCUUAUUCUUCAAAGGAUAUCAUUAAGAAACUGGAGACACUAGGUGCAGAGCAUAUAAUUGGCUCCGGUGGCUUUGGUACAGUUUAUAGACUUGCAAUGGAGGAUGGAAAAGUAUUUGCCUUGAAAAGAAUUGUUAAGAUGAACGAGGUCUUUGAUCGCUUCUUUGAGAGAGAGCUUGAGAUUCUUGGAAGCAUAAAACAUCGCUACUUAGUGAACCUUCGAGGCUAUUGCAAUUCGUCUACAUCAAAGCUAUUAAUUUACGACUUCUUACCUGGUGGUAGCCUAGAUGAAGCCCUUCAUGGUGAAAGAUUGGAGCAAUUGGAUUGGGACACGAGGUUGAAUAUAAUUAUGGGAGCUGCAAAAGGUCUGGCUUACUUGCAUCAUGAUUGUUCUCCACGAAUUAUACACCGUGAUAUAAAAUCAAGCAACAUUUUGCUUGAUGCCAAUAUGGAAGCUCGGGUUUCUGAUUUUGGAUUAGCCAAAUUAUUGGAGGAUGAGGAAACUCAUAUUACAACUAUUGUAGCUGGAACUUUUGGUUAUUUGGCUCCAGAAUAUAUGCAGAGUGGUCGAGCGACAGAAAAAUCUGAUGUAUAUAGUUUCGGAGUUCUGAUGCUUGAAAUAGUAAGUGGAAAACGUCCCACAGAUGCAUCAUUCAUUGAGAAGGGUGUUAAUAUAGUUGGAUGGUUGAAUUUUUUAGGUACUGAAAAUAGGGAGGGGGAGAUUGUUGAUUCAUACUGCGAAGGGGUUCAAGCAGGAAGCUUCGAUUCUCUGCUGUCAGUGGCAGUUCAGUGUGUGUCAUCAGUGCCGGAUGAUCGUCCUUCAAUGCAACGGGUGGUUCAAACACUUGAAGCCGAGAUCAUGACACCAUGCCCGAGUGAAUUCUACGAUUCAAGCUCUGAAUGAAAAAGGAAAAGAGAGAAUAUCCUUUUACUUGGAAGUGUGGUCGAAUAUCAAGUAUGUUUUCCAUCUUUUUACCACGAAUAUAUUAUAUUCUUUCCCACUGAGUCAACUAUAAAUUGAAACACCCGGUGGUUUUAUUCAAUUGUUGUUAAUCAGAGGUCUUCCCGGCUUGAAAGCAUGUGAAAUCUAUAAUAUCCUUUUAUUUUAGUUUCUCUGUCGUCAUCCUUAGAUUAUUUUUGUGUUGUCGGAAAAAAAAAAGAUUGGUAAUGUAAUACAUAUGGCAAUGCUAUUAUGUUAUUCCAUUUUUGUGCGUUAGUGUUACCAAAUUAACAUUUUAAAUUUUAUUGUUAAUUUUCCACUACUA